AUGUCUAAACCGUCAUCUUCAGCUACUCCCGAGCCUUUAACAGGUCAGUGGUCGUCUGGACUGCUGCCGGAUUUAUCGAGAGAAGAACUCUUCCAUAUACUUUAUCUGCGAAUAGAAGUAUUUGUUAAAGAAUGGGGAAUUGCAUUUCAAGAAAUGGAUGAAUACGACAUCCAUCCUGCCACCGUUCAUGUUCGGUAUCUCGAAAACGGAGAACUUCUCGCAUACGCUCGAAUAAUACCGCCAGGGGUACUUGAUGACAGUGUUCACAUUGGACGAGUCGUCGUACGUAAAAGCGCCCGCAAUCGCAAACUUGGAAAAGCUCUGAUCCAACGCUGUUUGGAGAUAUACAGAGAGCAAUGGCCCAAUUCACCAUGCGUAUUGGACUCUGUCGUCACCCGAAUGGGAUUCUACAAGUCACUUGGUUUUCAUCCUAUCGAUGAACCAUUUAUUGAGGAGAGCGGAGAGCCGCAUAUUAGAAUGCAGCUGGAUGCUAACCGCAGUACAUGA